UGAAGAAUGGCAAGCAAGAAUAAAAUCCCUCCCGCAAAACCUGUUUCAUUUGACCUCCUUCAAUGUCAUUCAUAUUCCAUGAGCAAGAUUGACAAGAGAUGAACACCACAUUUACGGUUUUAUGCAAUUAUUAUUAGGACCUUCCACUUUCCAUGUAUACGAAUAGUGAAUAGAUAUACGAUUUUACGGAAUUUUGUCUCACUUUUCACUCCAGGAAAUAUUCUGACAACACAGAAAAACCGGUUUCAUUAUUUUGCUCAUCAAGGACGUGUCGAAUUCAAUCAAAUGUCUGCAAUUCUUCUGCGAAAGAUAGUUGGCAGAAAUAUAUGCAGAAGUUUUGCAAGUUAUUCGCCCUGUACUCAUACUCCUGUUUUCAGAUCACCCGUUGUUAGUGAAAGCAAGGGAUUUGGAGGCAGUAUACUUGUAACCUUAUCAAAGAGGGGUAUGGCGUCCGAGGUGGAGAAAGCACAAGCCGCAGUGGGAGGCGAAUACAAGGAGGAAACUAUAUUUUCCAAAAUUGUGGAUAAGAAGAUUCCGGCUGACAUAAUUUUCGAAGAUGACAAAGUGCUUGCGUUCAACGAUGUCAACCCACAGGCACCGACCCACUUUUUGGUCAUCCCAAAGAAACGAAUUGCCAUGUUGAGUUCGGCACAAGAACAGGAUUCUGAGCUUUUGGGACAUAUGAUGUUUGUGGCGAAGCAAACUGCCGAAAAGUUGGGGCUUAGUAAAGGAUAUCGUGUCGUGAUCAACAACGGGCAGGACGGGUGUCAAUCUGUCUAUCAUCUCCAUAUUCACGUUCUUGGAGGCCGUCAACUAGGAUGGCCUCCUGGAUAAGAAAAUACAGAAAGAUACAAGGAAUUGGAAAUCGCACAAGAAACUACAAUGAGCAAUUUAAUUUAUAGUAGUAGUACAUUGCCGUAAAUUGAAUACAAUUUAAUUAAUAAAAUUUUCAAUCUGGAUUUUUGGAAA